AUGAUUUUAGAUUGUAUAGUAUAUAUUGGUGAUGAUUAUAUUGAAUUGGAUACUUUUAUAUUUUAUCUACAUUAUAAAUAUAUAAUCGAUUUUAAUUUAUUAAAUUCAAAGAUUAAUGAAUUAAUAAAAAAUGUAAAAUUUGAUACGGUUAUAUUUUUAUAUGAAAAUUCAUUACAUUAUUUACUUGAAAAUAUUUCAUUAAUUUUUUUAAAUAAUAAUAUCAAAUUUAUUUCACAUAUUAAUAAUAAUAAAUUUAAUUCAUUUAAUAAAUUUAAUUCUGAUAAUAUUAAACUUAAUUCUGAUAAUAUUAAACUUAAUAAUAAAAAUUUAUAUCAAUUUAUUAAAAAUGAAAAAAAUAAUAAAAUUUCAGAAAAUAAUAAAUUUACUGAAAAUUUAGAGGAAAUUACAGAAAAUUUGGAAAAUUUAGAAAUAAAUUAUGGAAAAAUAAAAAUAAAUAUAAUAGAAAAAAAUAUAAUAGAAAAUAAAAAUACAAUAUUAAUAUAUACAAAUAUAAAUAAUAAUAAUAUAAUAAAUACAUUAUCAUUAGAAUAUUGGAAUAAUAUUUAUGAAAUUACAUUCAAUUCACAUAAAAUUGAUAAAAUUGAUCAAAUUAUUGAAAAUAAAGAAAUUUUAGAAAAAAAUAAUAAAAUUAAUCAAAUUAACAAAAUUUCUGAAAAUUCUGAGAAUUUAGGGGAAAUUACUGAAAAAAAUAAAAUUACCCAAAAAUCUACUGAAUUUACUGAAAUUUUAGAAAAUAAUAAUAAAAUUAUUGAAAAUUUAGAAAAAGAUAAAAUUUCUGAAGAUUUGAGUAAAAUUACUGAAAAAAAUAAUUUUUCUGAUAAUUGUCCAACAAUUACUGAAAAAUCUCAAAAAUCUACUGAAAUUACUGAAAAUUUAGAAAAAAAUAAAAUUUCUGAAGAUUUGAGGGAAAUUACUGAAAAAAACAAAAUUUCUGAAGAUUUUGGAAAAUUUACUGAAUCUACUCAAAAAUCUACUGAAUUUACUCAAAAAAAUAAAAUUACCCAAAAAUGUACUGAAUUUACUGAAAAUUUAGAAAAAAAUAAAAUUUCUGAAGAUUUGAGGGAAAUUACUGAAAAUUCUCAAAAAUCUACUCAAAAUACUGAAAUUACUCAAAUUACUGAAAUAUCUACUGAAAAAUCACAAAUUACACAAGAUAUUGUAAUAAAAAAUAUGUAUAUGGAAUGUGAGAAAUUAAGAAUGAAAAGAUUUGUAUUAUUGGAAAAAAUAAAAGAAAAUAAAAUAUUUGGUAUAAUAACAAUAAAACCAUAUAAAAAUAAUAAUUUAAGAAAUUUAUUACAAAAAAUUCUUGAAACAAAUAAUUGUAAAUUUGUACAAAUUUCUAUAAAUAAUUUAACAGAAAAUAAAUUAUUUAAUUUCCAAAAUAUUAAUUUUUUUAUAUUAUUAACAAAUAAUUUAAAUAUAAUUAAUUUUAAUAAAAAUAAUAAUAAUUUAUUUAAUAAUAAUAAAUUAUUUAAUUUGAUAUUACCAUAUGAAUUAUUAAUUGGAUUUAAUAUUAUUAAAUGGACACCAUAUAUUUUUGAUUUUAAUAUUAUUUCCUCCGUUACGGUGUCAGGUCCAACAGAAAGUAAUGGACCUGAUAAUAGGAGUACUGGUAUUGAGGAUACUAAGAAUACUACUAAGGAUCCUAUUGGAGCAAGCACCGUUAUGGAGGAAAAUUCUACUAUCCAAAUUGCUGCUCCUAAAGUAGGUACUUCAACUACCAAUACCCUGGGAAAGGGAGCUAAUUUUACAGCUAUGGAGUGUACUACGGGAAAGGGAGCUAAUUUUACAGCCACAAAGUGUACUAUGGGAAAGGGAGCUAAUUUUACAGCCAUGGAGUGUACUACUGAGAAAAAUACUAAUAAAGUUGCUGCUGUAACUAAAACUAGGGAGUCAGGUACUAAUUCUAAUACUAAGGAUAUUAAGGGUAGUGAGGGAUUUAAUACUGGAUCUAAUACUAAGGAAGACCUUUUCGGGGUUUGCCGUGGUACUGACCCCGUAACGGAAGAAAAUUUAAUUAAACAAUUUGCUGCCACUAAACUUGAUAAUACUAUAGAAUCCAAUUCUAAUACUAAUGAUAGUGGUAUUAAGGAUAUUGAGGGAGAGGGAGUUGAUGAGGAAACUACUUUUGGGGAUGGCCGUGGUACUGUUGGCCGUGGACCUUACACCGUAACGGAGGAAUUAACAAAUAAUAUAAAAAUGGAUAUAAAAGAAAGAUUUGAAAAUUUAUAUGAAAAAAUAUUAAAUAAUAAUAAAAGAAAUUUUAGUGGUUUAAAUCCUAAUUUUAAUAAUAAAACUAUUAUAUUAAAAGGUUCAUAUGGUAUCCCAACAUCAUAUCAACAUGAACAUUAUAUAUAA